GAUGUGCUGGCACAGUCGGAGCCAUUGUCACAUGUCCCCUGGAGGUGAUAAAGACACGGUUACAGUCCUCAGGAAUCUCCCUACAACCAGUUUACUACUCUCAGGUACAGCUUGGGACACUCAGCGGAGGAGGAGUUUGUACGACCGACCACUUCCGUCUCCCCUACUGUUCUCCAAGUUCUCAAAUCCAUCCUUGAAAAAGAAGGACCAAAAUCUCUUUUCCGGGGGCUGGGUCCUAACCUAGUUGGUGUCGCUCCUUCCAGGGCCGUCUACUUUGCAUCGUACUCAAAAGCCAAGGAGCAGUUCAAUGCAAUAUUUGUUCCUAACAGUAACCUCGUGCACAUGUGUUCUGCGGGAUGUGCAGCGUUUGUGACGAAUACAAUGAUGAAUCCAAUCUGGAUGGUGAAAAACACGAAUGCAGCUCGAGAGAAGGGUGAGAGGGUCCAAACAGAUGAAUGCCCUGCAGUGUGCCCGCUAUGUGUAUCAGACGGAGGGGAUGAGAGGAUUUUACAGGGGCCUCACAGCCUCCUAUGCUGGGAUCUCAGAGACCAUAAUCUGCUUUGUAAUAUAUGAAGGCCUUAAGAAGCACCUGGAGGAUAACCACUUAACCCACGACCAACGGCAAACCCGGUGAGAAGACCUCCUCCAACUUCCUGGGAUUAAUGUUUUGCUGCAGCUUUUUCCAAAGGAUGCGCCUCCUGCAUUGCCUAUCCACACGAGGUGAUCCGCACCAGACUGCGGGAAGAAGGCAGCAAGUACAAGGCAUUCUGCCAGACGGCGCGUUUGGUGGCACGAGAAGAAGGCUACGCUGCUUUUUACAGAGGACUUUUAGCCCAGCUUUUCCGGCAGAUCCCCAACACUGCCAUUGUCCUUUCUACGUAUGAACUCCUAGUCUACCUGGUGCGCGACAAACCCAAGUAA